UUUAAAUUGGAAAGUGGGUGUUGUCAUGAGACCGGACGAAAUGACAUCGAUAUAUCCCAGUUGAACUCUGUGAACCAAUGACGAAACGAAUUUGAUGACGUCACUAGUGCCAGUAAAGAUCGAGUUGAACACAAAGACCUCGAAUUCGUAAACGAAGAGAAGCUACGAGACACAGGCUGUUUAUUUCUACUGGAAGAAGCCUUUUUGUCCAUUUUACCUAGAAGUACAUUUCUGAUGGAAAAUCAGAAUACCCAACAACCUUCUCUUUGUCGUGCUGGCUGUGGUUUCUAUGGAAACUCAUCUUUCGAUGGUAUGUGCUCAAAAUGUUUCAAGGAUGCCCUCAGAAGAACCCAAUCUACUUCACCUUCUGGUUGCUUGACUCCCCCUGUUACUGGAUCAACAAGCUCUGAUGAGCCAAGCACCUCUGUCCCAGCCGAGUCUAUAGCACUUACAACCUCUAUUGUGGAGAGAGAGCAACCUGUUGCCUUAAAUGAAAUUGGCACUACGAGUGAAUCAACCGUUUCUGGUUCAGCAGCUGCUGCUCAAGUUAAAGACGAACAAGAUAAUGACAACCAAGACACGCCAUCAAAAACUAAAAGAAAAAAUCGAUGUACAACAUGCCGCAAGAAAGUUGGCCUCACAGGUUUUCAAUGUCGCUGCGGGGGAUUGUUUUGCAGCUUACAUCGCUACUCCGAUAAGCAUAACUGCUCUUUUGACUACAAGGCUGAGGGACAAGCUGAAAUAAGAAAAAACAAUCCAGUUAUCAUCCGAGACAAAGUUCAAAAGCUUUAAAAAUGGGCCAGGCAACGAAUGAAAACUCAGAACAAUGAAAAUAGUCAAUUGAUGAAGAUGGCAAUCUGUGGCAUUAUUCUUGGUUUGUAGAAAAUUUAUGUAUUUUUUUGAUCCUCCAGGAUCCAACGAUGACGCUCGUAUUGAUUUGAUUGAAAUUACAUCAAGUGAACUUGAUAAGCACGACCAUGAUAAAUAAUGUCCACAUUUGCAAGAAUUACUCAGAAAUCCAUGUAUUCUAUUAGUUGGGUAAGGGUUGGGUUAGGUACACGUAAAUAACGUGAGGAGAUGAAUUGAUUUCAUUGUUUUGUUGAUAUAUUGGUCUUUUAGAAGUUAGAUAGUGUUUUUGUGAAGUUUUACCGUUAAAUGCCGCUAAAUGCCUGUCUGUUGUUGGUUAUACCAUGACAGAUAUCGAAUGUUGACCUAACCUCCAUUUUUGAUCUCGCCCGUUGAACUGAAUAUGUAACUGGAUUGCUACCCGCACGUAAACAUAGCUGAAAUUGCACGAAGCCAAAUUUUACCUCCGUACAUGCGCGCCUGUCCGUGGGUAAAUUUCCGUGUUUUAGCAUUACUGUCAUCAUGAGCUUUCUUGGACCGUGCUUGGAAGGAUUGGAACUAGUUAAAUUGCUGGGCUCUAAUAAUGGCAGCAGGUAGCCUUCCAGCUAUAUAUAGUUCAUCGAUGCAACCACAACAAAAACAAGCUUUGGAUAUUGGUCUAGUAAAUGUUCAUACCAAGUGCGGUUGUCGGGUCUACAAUAUACGAAGUUUGACUUUGACUGUCUUUACCCCGGUAUGAACCCGACUGUAUGUUUAUAACCUUCGUCACGUGUAUUUCAUAAAAGUUUGUCAUUCUUCGGAUUCCAGAUUCUGUCGUGCUCCAUUGUGUUUCAACAGGCAGGCAUUUAGUUCUACGUAGUUGUAGCGAGAAAAACGUAUGAAGCUCGUUUAUGUCGUGUAGAAUAUUGUUAAUUCUGCAUUCACCAAUGUAUUUACUAUUUAGUAUGAUUGAGUACAAUUUUGGGUUGGUAUAAGGAAAUCGACGACAUGAGGUGCAAGUAUUUUGAUAUCAUUAUUGAACACCAUACCCCCUGUAGAAACACUUACGUAACCCGUCUGAACAAAGAAGCUAGCCGGACUGUGUGCACCUUUCGCUAUUUCUCGACAAAAUUUACGGAUAAGGAUUGGAGACUGCAUCUUUGACUUUAGAGGAAUUUACCAAACAUGGCGUUUCUUUUAAGGCGUCCUGACCAUUUGCAAAACAUUGCUCCAUUUUUAAGACAUUUUAGAUUGUACGUUGGGUUUGCUAAAUUUCUCUUUUGUCGCUAAGAUGAUGACAAAUUGCGAUGAUGAUCCAUCUUCUACAAGUAUGCGAAAUCGAUUCCUAAUCCGUACCCUUAAUCUUAUAGUAUUAGGCUAUGGCCAACUUAUUGGUUAGAGAUUGGAUUAGGGAUCGAUUUCAUCAUUAAAACGCGGAAUUAUUAUCCAAAUUGCAGUCUGUUUCUUCAAGGAAAACGGAAGGGAAGAAUUCGUCCUUAAGGAUAAGAAAAUUGUUCACUAAAAUGUGUCUAUUGGUGAUAAUUUGAGAAAUUUGGCUUCAUAUUUUCAUUCUGCACUAAGUGCUCUUUUCAUGGCUCAGUAAGGGAUUACGUCCCGUGAUAUACAAUGCCUCACUUGAAACUACGAUUAGGAAUUAACCUGCAUGCUUGUGCUAGGGGAGUUCUUUACUUUUUCUCUGAGCAGUAUAACUAUGUUGUUUUUCACACGUGUUUCUAUAUGGGUGUUAUGAACAUAAGGCCACAGGUGUGCUGUGCAGUUAGUCAAAAUUUUCUCGCAAUCGGAGUUGAUACGGUUGUCGGGCUUGAGGAAUGCAUGUUGCGUGUCACAUGCGCAGACACUGAUGUCCACCUGAUUGUCACGUCGAAACUGUUGAUUUUCCGGUUAGCACUUGAAUAUUUCAAUGUCUAUGAUGGGAUGGACGAAACUCAUGCUGUGUUGAAUACAAAACAUAUCCAAUUGCACGAUUUACGUCAAUAUUUAAACCAUCAAACUACUAACGUUCGAGACCAUGUCUACAAAUUUGUCAUAUCUAAUUUGCAUAAAAAGCGUGCUUUUUUCCAGCUGCUUUUUAACUUUCUUCAACAAAGACCACGCGACUUUUUCGAUGUGAUCCCACUUUAGUAUGACCAAGUUUCGCUCAUCCUUGUCAUAUAGUCGGCUAGGUGACGCAUGCUCUUUAUUUCAUACCCGAGAGGCACCACCAUUCAUGUAAACUUGCACCUGUCUUUGAGUGAUCUGCUUGUAAAUAGCUUUUGUAAAUAAAUUAUAUUUAGGUUUUCAAUUGUCAUCAAUAUAGUAUGGUAAAAACAAA